AUUUUAUAAAUACUAUAUAUUUCUUUUAUUAUCAUUAUUAUUAUUAUUAUUUAGAUUUUGUGAAAUAUUAUUGAGAAAAGUUUAUUAUUAUGGCAGAUGAGCAAGUUGAAUUAGCUUCAAAAGAUGUUUUUGUUUUAUUGGGAGUCUCUGUUCCCGAAAAUUUAGAAAUUGGAACUAAACGGCCAGAACAAGGUGAUACAAAGGACAUUGAAAAUGAAUCAGUAUUUACACUCGAUGAAGAUGACAAAGUGCAUUUUAUGAAUGUUGUUGAACCACUUGUAGUUGAUGUGACACCACAAGAUGAUUUGGACAAUAGUUCUACUGAUAGUUUAACUAAAAAAGAAAUCGAAGAACAACGAUGGUAUAAUCCAACAUUGAAUACAGGACUAGAAAAAUCUGAUUUUGAAAAUUUAAAAAGUUUGUUAGAAGAAAUAAAGAAUACCGACCCUACAAAAACUCUAGCUGCAUUGGUCAAACUUAAAAUGGAAAAAAUAUUAGAGGGACCAUAUCAAAACAUGUUUAUUGCUUUAAACGGUUUCAAAGUGUUAAUUAAUAUACUGGAAUGUAACAACGAAGAUUGCAUGGAAAACGCCUUAAUCAUUGUACAUGAAAUGUCCCAACAUUAUGGAAUCCAAUGUGCGUUAUGUAAAUUAGAUGCAGUGAAACCAUUGAUUAAUAUUUUAUUAUUUAAAAACAACUACAACGUUAAAUACUUGGCUUCGGAAACGUUACAGAACAUCGCCAAACUGAGGAGAGGAAGAAAGCUUAUCCGUCUAAGUGGCGGGAUUAAGAUUAUGGUGCAAAUGAUGAACGUAUCGAAACACGUAUUAUCUAUGUCCUUGAAAAAUAUGAAUGAGACAAAUCGGGCCACAGUGGGUUUAAUGAACUGUUGUGCCGGUACUUUAAGACAGCUGUGCCGGUCUUUAAAAAGCCAAAAAGAGUUGUGGGAAACUGGAUUCGUGCAACUGUUAUCUCAACUGUUGAACUCAGUACAUAGCGAAACUCAAAUUUCCAUAAUGAGUUUAGUAGCGGAAUGUUGUCGUACGCGGUCAGAAGUCGUUAAUCAAAAGACAGAUAUACACAUUAGAGUAGCACUAAAGGAACUGAACAUUUUGCAGCAAGUUAUUGAGUUUUUGGUCAGUGAUUCUACCCAGCUUGCGGAAAAAGCGGCCGAAACAAUAUUGUGUAUGUUCGACGGCGAUCCUGUAAUAUACGACAUACUUCUGAAAUACAAAGGGAUGGAAGCUCUUUUCAAAGCUAUAAAAAAAUUUCAAAAUGACGAACACGUUAUGGUGUUGGUUAUCACCCUGCUUUGGAAAAGUUCUUUGAACGCGAAAUGCAGACAAGUUAUUGAGAGAGACCCCAUUGUCGAUUUCCUAAUGGAACUGUUGACAUACAAAUUCGACGACAGAGUGAUCGGCUACGCAGUCGCCACGCUGUCCGAACUAUGGAAAUCUGAAUCGUUGCGGGGCAAGCUUAGACUAAUAGCCGUGCCCAAGUAUCUAGACCUUCUUAAUACUAGUCUGCACAGCUUGGUAUUGGCGCACGUUUGUACCGCUCUGGGCCGGGCAUCCAGUGACCCACAGAGUAUGGAAAUGAUUGAUGAAGCCAAGGGGUUUCGGUUGAUUUUCGUGCUAUUGCCAUCUCUGGAUGUGGACGAGUUCGACAAGUACGAAGAUUUCUACGAACCCCAAACAAUUAUUGCUGCUGCCGAAUGUCUGGCCAUGAUAGUUGAAAACACAAAAUUUACCCUGAACCCUCUUAAAGGAAUGUACGAGGCAGUUUGUGAUCUGGUAGAUUUAUUGACACACAAGAAUUUAGAUUUCUUAGCGGCAGUUUGUCAUCUGAUUGACGUGAUUGCUACGUUUGAAGAGAAUUUAAAAAUAAUGGUUGACGCAGGAAUCGUUGAAAAUUUGGCAAAUCUUGUAUUUACGGAGCAUACAAACUUGAGAGCCAAUCUUUGUAAAGCUUUGGGUAAAUGUUGCACUAUUGGUGUGACUGCCCGUAGAUUCAGCUGUCAACAAGUUCUUGAUCAAUUAAUCAAAUACACGCAAUCGGAACACGCAGUAAUCAGAGACAACGUUCCUCUUGCGCUUAGUGGUCUAUCGGAAGACCCAUUCAAUUGUGUAAGAAUUGAGGCUCUAGGAUUUGUUCCGUUUUUGAAAAAAUGUAUACAUUCAAAUCAUCCCAAGACAGCCAUGGCUGCUGUUAACUGUUUGAGCAACGUAAGGAAGGCAAGUGCAGCUAUAGGACAGUAUCAAGAAUGUACAGCGAAUCAUUGAACAUUUUAUAUUUAUAAUUCUCUUAUUAUACUUAAGACUAUCAGUGCAUUAUACAAUAUAUUGACAUAUAAAUCAUAUAAAUAA